AUGCGCAUGAUGCUAAUCGCCAUGCCCAUGAUGAAGCCAAUUUCCCAUAACCCCAACAAGCCAACGCUGCUCGAAUCCCCCACGUGGACCAUCCGCCCGACAUCAGCCGACGACACUGGGGACGUCACGAGCCUCGGGGACAGCGCUCCAGCCCAUCCGGAACUCCCUCUAACGCGCCUCUCAACAAUUCUCUCCUCCCUCCACUUCCACAUUGCUACCGGAAACGACUUCGUCUUCAGCUUCAAUUCUCCCUCCCCCACACAUCUCACCACAUCUAUCAUAAUGGCUGUCCCCGCCUACUCCGAUAUUGCCAAGUCGGCCAACGAUCUCCUGAACAAGGAUUUCUACCACAUCAACGCCACCACCCUUGAGUUCAAGGACACCGCUCCCAAUGGCGUUGCCUUCAAGGUGACUGGCAAGUCCAGCCACGAGAAGGCCACCUCUGCUGCCUUUGAGGGAAAAUACACCGACAAGCCCACCGCAAUCAGCACAUACAUCUGCAUCCCUUACCCCAUCCCCAUCCCCAUCCCCAUCCCCAUCUUCAACCCCUUCUGCGUCUUCUGCUUCCUCAGCGUCACCCUCGCGUGCUCAUUCUACCUCACCCGCGUUACCCUCACCCAGACCUGGAAUACCGCCAACGUUCUCGACACCAAGAUUGAGGUCAAGGACUCGCUGGCCAAGGGCCUCAAGCUCGAGGGUCUCCUGAACUACCUCCCUGCCACCGCCGCCAAGGGUGCCAAGUUCAACCUGCACUUCCAGCAGCCCGGCUUCAACGGUCGUGCCUUCUUUGACCUCCUCAAGGGCCCCACCGCCAACGUCGACGCCGUCGUCGGCCACGAGGGCUUCCUCGCCGGUGCCAGCGCCGGCUACGACGUCAACAAGGCUGCCCUGACCGCCUACUCCGCCGCCGUCGGCUACGCCCACCCCGAGUACAACGCCUCGCUGACCGCCUCGGACAACCUGUCCGUCUUCGCCGCUGCUUACUACCACAAGGUCAACAGCCAGGUCGAGGCCGGUGCCAAGGCCACCUGGAACUCCAAGACCGGCAACACCGUCGGCCUCGAACUUGCUGGCAAGUACCGCAUCGACCCCGUGUCCUUCGCCAAGGUCAAGGUCAACGACCGUGGCAUUGCUGCUGUUGCCUACAACGUCCUCCUCCGCCAGGGCGUCACCCUGGGUCUUGGUGGUUCCUUCGAUACCCAGAAGCUCGACCAGGCCUCCCACAAGCUCGGUGCCAGCUUCACCUUUGAGGGUUAA